ACACUGGAGUCAUUUUCACUCAGGCUUGAGAUCCGAGGCUACCUCUUAAUUGGUAUUCGAUCGUUCCAGCUGGUAUAAAGAGAAACUCACCGCAUAUACCAGGAGUGGAUGCGUGACUCUGUCAUAUCCGGCAUUCUCUUAAGUAAUGCUGGCCGAGAUUGGGUGUUGAUUGUUAUCAGUAAUGGUAUCGUUUUUGGACUUACUGGAUAAUUACCAUCUACUGAAGUGAUUACGUUUUGAUGAAUAAAACCUUGAUUAACAUUGAAUUCCCCAGUUGAGUUUGAUUACUUAUCCAGUAUUGGUAGUCUUUGCCACUAUACCCCAAGAAGUCAGGUGUGUGGUACAAGGAACACAGUGACGAUAUGCCCAAGGGAGAGCUUCAAGAUCCGGCGGAACCGUUAAGAAUAUUCAAGAAGAGUAGCUUAAAUGGAAGAGUGACGGUGUUCCUUGGUAAGCGGGACUUCCUGGAUUACCUGACCCACGUUGAUCCGAUAGACGGUGUGGUUUUGGUUGAUCCGGAAUGUGUAAAGGAUUCGAAGAAAAUUUACGUGCAAGUCCUUGGAGCUUUCAGAUAUGGAAGAGAAGAUCUGGAUAUCAUAGGGUUGUCCUUUCGGAAGGACUUAUUCAGCGCCACGAUUCAAGCUUACCCACCAGUUGUUGAACAACAAAAACCCUUGACACCACUGCAAGAAAAACUAUUGGGAGUCCUUGGACCCAACGCGUAUCCUUUCUUCUUUGAGAUUCCUCCUAACACCCCGAGUUCUGUCACUUUACAGCAAUCCCCAGGGGAAGAUGGCAAGCCCUGUGGUGUUGACUAUCAACUUAAGACACAUCUUGCUGAGAGUCUGGAUGACAAACCAGAGAAAUUGACUACGGUGAGAAUGGCUUUACGUAAGCUGACGUAUGCCCCAAGUGACGAAAGGGUUCCUCCGCCCAGUGCAGAGAUAAAUAAAAACGGAAUCAAGCUGGAUGCCUCACUAGGAAAGGAGAAAUACUACCACGGGGAAAGCGUGGCUGUCCAUAUUUCUAUAGACAAUGCGUCCAACAAGACCAUUAAGAAGAUUAAACUCAAUAUUGUACAGAAGACAAUGGUCACACUGCACGUGCUUUGUGAGGAAGAACAGGAAAUAAAAGUCCCAGAUCUGAACAGUCAAGAGGGAUUCCCAAUAAGAGCCGGACAGACGGGGUUCGCUAAGACCUACCACCUGAUGCCGUUACUGGAGAAUAACCGUGACAAACGAGGCAUAGCUCUGGACGGGAAACUUAAGCAUGAGGAUACAAAUCUGGCAUGUUCAACAAAGAUGUCCAAUUGUCUUCAAAAGGAAAACGCUGGGAUCAUUGUGUCUUACAAGGUGGUUAUCAAGCUAGUGCUUGGAUUCGGAAGCAAUGACGUCAUUUUAGAACUUCCGUUUACUCUGACACAUCCGAUGCCAGACAGUCCCUCUACCAGAACAAACAGCUAUCGAAGUUCUGUAGCUGACGAUCCCAUUAUUCCUAGUGAAGACAUAAUCGAUGAUGACUUGGUAUUUCAAGAGUUUAACAGAGCGCCUAUUGCUGAGCCCGAGAGCUUUAAGGACCCCAUACCCGGGGAAAACAACGACAAGUGAUAUAUGAAAAUUAAACCAAAUAUACACUCUAUGUUCCCUCACACUGGCCUAUUGUCUUUCUGUUGUGACACUAUAUUUUGAUUUACUUAUUGUAUGAUUUUUUUAAAAUUUCUUUCUUGUGUAUUUGUUAAUAUGUUUACAAACAACCUGAGUCGAAUGAUAUACUUACAUUUAUAAAUAAAUUUGAUGCCUAUUACUUUUUUCCAUUUCUAUUUCAUUUUGUCUGGAUUGAUUACAGAUUCGCUACAGAAUAUUUAAAGUAACAAAAAAAAAACAAAUUACAGAAAUUUUAUAUAAUGCUGGUGAAUAACCAGCAUUUGUAUAUAUCUUAUUUAUAGGAUAGAAGAAUAUCGCUUAUUUCUCAACUUUGUGUUUCAUGUCAAUGUGAUGUUACUGACAAUUAUAAAAUAAUGAAAAUUAAAAAAAAAUACAACUGUUUGAAA